CUUAAAUAUGCAAAUAUUGCUUCCCGAGGAGUAGGGCUGGAAGGCCUUCCGCAUUAAAGGCAGCGCUUACUGCUCCCAGCUGGAGGUCAAGUGAUGCGGUCAGAAGAGUCUCCAGUUGAGACGCUGCGCGUCUCGGUUUCCUCGUCUGCGCAAAGGGCUCUCCCCAGACGACGCGGCCUUGAAGGACCAAGGGGCGCCGGGAAAGGUGAGAAAGUCAAGAUGCGUACAGGUAGCUCUACACGCAAGGAGAGGAGCCAGUGGGCCGAGGGAGAGGCAGCGCAACAGAGCGGCGAGUCCGCGAAAGGGGCCGGGAUUCCCGUGGCGGGCAGCGCGAGAGGGGGGCGGACUCGGCUCCCGGGCGCUGCGCGGCAGCGAGGGGCGGGUCCGGGCGCCGCGCCUCCCGCGCUCCGGCCGCGGAUCUGGGCGCUGGGGGCGGGCGGGGGAGGAGCCACGUGGGGAGGAGCAAAACCUGGAGGCCCCGGGAACCUUGGGCAGAGCCAGAGCGGCGGGAGCCCGAUCCCGGGCGCACUGCCCAGGGAGAGCGCGCCGUCCGGGCCGAGCACGGCCUCGGCCAUUCCAGCCUGCGUCGGCGCUUGCGUUCGGUGCGCAACCCGGGAGGAGGGCCGGUGCGGACCGGGCGAGGGUCCCAGGCUCCUAAACUGUCCCAGAACUGCCGGGCUGCCCGCCGUCGCUGCCGCCCCAUUGGGGCCCAGCCCGACCCGCCACCUGCGUCCCGGCUGCACCAUGGAUCCUUCGGAGAAGAAGAUAUCGGUGUGGAUCUGCCAGGAAGAGAAGCUGGUUUCUGGUCUCUCCCGCCGCACCACCUGCUCGGACGUGGUUCGGGUGCUGUUGGAGGACGGCUGCCGGCGGCGACGGAGGCAGCGGCGGGGCCGGCGGCGGGGAACGGCCGGCGACUCUCCAGGCCGGGAGGAGCUUCGGGAACUCCUGGACGAAGACGAGGAGGACGACGACGAGGCGCUGCCGCAGGGCAUGCUGUGCGGGCCCCCGCAGUGCUAUUGCAUCGUGGAAAAGUGGCGGGGCUUUGAGCGCAUCCUGCCUAACAAGACGCGCAUCUUGCGCCUCUGGGCCGCCUGGGGCGACGAGCAGGAGAAUGUGCGCUUCGUGCUGGUGCGCAGCGAGGCGUCACUACCCAACGCGGGCCCGCGCAGCGCCGAGGCGCGCGUUGUGCUCAGUCGCGAGCGCCCCUGCUCGGUUCGGGGCAUCCCCGCGCGGCCCAGCCUGGCCAUGACCCAGGAGAAGCAGCGGCGGGUCGUGCGCAAGGCCUUCCGCAAGCUGGCCAAGCUCAACCGGCGGCGCCAGCAGCAGCCGUCGUCGCCCUGUUCGUCUACGUCGUCUUCCACCGCCUCGUCCUGCUCGUCGCCGCCGCGGGCCACCGAGAGCGCAUCCGUGGAGCGCAUGGAGACGCUGGUGCAUCUGGUGCUCUCCCAGGACCACACCAUUCGUCAGCAGGUGCAGCGGCUCCGGGAGCUGGAUCGCGAGAUCGAUCGCUACGAGGCCAAGGUGCACCUGGACCGCAUGAGGCGGCACGGAGUCAACUACGUGCAGGACACCUACUUGGUGGGCGCAGGCAUCGAGGUCGACGGGCCCAGCCCGGUAGAGGAGCCCGAGGCGGCGGCGGCGGCGCCGCCGCCGCCCCUGGACGGCGAGGCGCAGGCGGCCGCGCUGGAGGAGCUGGCCCGGCGGUGCGACGACCUGCUGCGGCUGCAGGAGCAGCGGGCCCAGCAGGAGGAGUUGCUGGAGCGCCUCUCAGCCGAGAUUCAGGAGGAGCUGAACCAGAGGUGGAUGCGGAGGCGCCAGGAGGAGCUCACCGCGCGGGAGGAGCCCCUGGAGCCUGAUGGUGGCCUCGACGGCGAGCUGCUGCUGGAGCAGGAGAGGGUCAGGACGCAGCUCAGCACCAGCCUCUACAUCGGGCUCCGGCUCAACACGGACCUGGAGGCCGUUAAGUCGGACUUGGAUUACAGCCAGCAGCAGUGGGACAGCAAGGAGCGGGAGCUGCAGGGCCUCCUCCAGACUUUGCACACGUUGGAGUUGACGGUGGUCCCCGAUGGGACUGUCGGCUCUGGCGGACCCUCCCGGGAACCGCGGCCUCAGGGCUGCGCGGAGAUGUGGGUGGACCAGGCCCGCGGACUGGCCAAGAGCUGUCCUGGCAACGACGAGGACUCGGAUACCGGGCUGAGCUCCAUGCACAGCCAGGACUCGGACUCGGUGCCCGUGUGCGAAUCUCUUGUGUAAGAGGUGUAGACCACGCUUCUCCCUUCCUCGAAGAAAGCAGUGGCCUUGGCCGGCUCAGGGACUCGAAACCAGGCAGGGGGUGGGCGGGGGAGCUCCUGCCAGGUAGCAUUGCUCUUCGCGGGGCAGGGGGGGAGGGCUGGCGACACCUGCCAGGCCAGGGAGUGUGGAGGGAGUGCGGGACGGGGAGGCCCGGAGGAGGCAGGCGGGUCUCCAUUCCAAGCUCUUUUAGGGGAAGGAAGGAGGGAGGAGGUGAGAACGUCCCUAUUGGAAAACAGUCGCCCCAGGGAAACUGACGUGGUCCGAACCCAUUUUCAAAAAAAAAAAAAAAAAGAAAGAAAAAGUAUUAUGGAGAUUUCAGCAAUCUUCUGUAUGGGAAGGACUGAUGGCAGCUAGAACUUUAGUUUGUGGCAUAAAGUGCUUUUAAAAGAAACUCUUGGAUGAGAAGGAAAUUCCUUGAAUGUUAAUUGUGACUGUGAACGUGUUAAAACUAGCCAAAGAGCACUGGUGUUCCUCUCAGCCUUGCUUACAUCUCUGAUAAAACCCACAGGCACCCAAA